GCGCUUCCUGCCGCUGGGCUCCCGGGCGCGAGCGGAGCGGCGGGACAGGUGUAGCCCGCAGUGGCGGGCCGCGCGCGUAGGACCCGCUCAGCCGGCUGGAGUUGACUCGAGGCUCCAGUAACUCCGGUCCCCGCCUAGCUGGCAGGGUCCGCGUGUCACUUUGCAAAUCGUGGAGGCCAGCGUCUAGGGUUGUCAGCGCGCCGCGGGGGACGGAACCCUGUUUAUGGACGGCUGCCGCCCGGGCUGGGUGCAGAUGCCCGCUCCCCUCGGCGGGCCAGCCUCUGGCUCCUGGACUUAGGCGGCUCGCUGGGCCCGCGCCGGCGCCUCCCCCAUGCUGCUUGGAGCGUCUUGGCUGUGCGCGUCCAAGGCGGCGGCCGCUACAGCUCGGAGCGAGGACGACGACCGCCAGGGUGAGCAGCAACGGGAGGCCCAAGCGAGGACGCACGAGGAUAUGGACGAGUCAUCGCUGCUGGACUUGCUGGAAUGCUCCGUGUGCCUGGAGCGCCUGGACACUACGGCCAAGGUGUUGCCAUGCCAGCACACCUUCUGCCGACGCUGUCUGGAGAGCAUCGUGUGCUCGCGUCACGAGCUACGCUGUCCCGAGUGCCGCAUCCUGGUGGGCUGCGGUGUGGACGAGCUGCCCGCCAACAUACUACUAGUGCGCCUGCUGGAUGGCAUCCGCCAGAGGCCCCGCACCGGCGCCAGCCCCGGGGGCAGCCCUCCCGCGCGCCCGGGUCCCAGUACUUUGUCAGCUCUCGCGGGCAUCCCCGGAGGCGCGACAGGCAGUCCCCCGCGCUCUCCGGUCUUUCUCCCGGCGGUGGCGGGCAGCUCUACCUCCAGUUUGUGCGAUGUGGCGACUAAUAGGAGCCUGCCAGUGGCUAAGAAUCUGUCCCAGCUUCCUUAUGCCAAGGCCCUCUACAGCUAUGAGGGGAAAGAACCUGGUGAUCUCAAGUUCAACAAAGGGGAUGUCAUCAUCCUGCGGCGCAAGGUAGAUGAGAACUGGUACCACGGGGAGCUGCAGGGCACUCACGGCUUCCUCCCAGCCAGCUAUAUCCAGUGUGUCAGGCCCCUGCCGCAGGCUCUGCCCCAAGGCAAAGCACUUUAUGAUUUUGAGAUGAAGGACAGAGACCAAGAUAAAGACUGCCUGACCUUCACUAAGGAUGAAGUUUUGACUGUGAUCCGGAGAGUCGAUGAUAAUUGGGCAGAAGGCAUGCUGGGAGACAAGAUUGGCAUUUUCCCUCUCUUGUAUGUGGAGCUCAACGACUCUGCCAAGCAACUCAUUGAGAUGGACAAGCUGUUCCCUGCCGCGGCCACUGCAUACAACUACGAUGCCCUCUUAUCCUCUGACCCUGGCACAGCAGCCACUGUGGCCCCAGGUCCCACCCUAAGUAGCUCUGGGGCAGUCAGUGCCUUUCAACGACGUGUGGACAGCAAGAAGAAUGCCAAGAAGCGCCAUUCCUUCACUGCGCUCAGUGUGACGCACAAAUCCUCCCAGUCUGCCAGCCACAGGCACUCCAUGGAAAUCAGUGCUCCAGUGCUGAUCAGCUCCAGUGACCCACGCGCUGCAGCCAGGAUUGGGGAGCUUGCCCAUCUGUCCUGCACCGUACCCACCCAGUUUCUGAAACAGCUGCAGGAGCAGUUCACCAAGUGUGGCACUCCAGGCAAAGGCCCAGAAAACUUCUGUACUGAAGAAAGUGAAGGAGCAGGCAUUAAGCUGGGGCUCUGUUUCGUGGUGGUGCUGGCAGGCUCGGUGCCAGGUUCCCGCACUUGCACUCAGCCCCCUCAUGAGGUGAUCAUGACCUACUGCCAGCAGCAGCUGCAUCCUGCUGGGAGAGUUCUCUAUGCCAAGAGAGCACAGCUGCUCAAAUUCCCUGACAGUAUAGGAAUUAGACAAGAAGGCCAAGAGAAAAGAAAAAAAAGUGACGUCCAGAGACCAGGCCCAGGAUAUUGCUGUGAGGUGUCAGAUCUGGCACUCUGCCUCAUUGAGCCUGUUCCCUUCUCUGAUAUAAGGUAUCUGGCUCUCUAUGCAUACAAGCCCCAAAAGAAUGAUGAGCUAGAGUUGCGCAAGGGUGAGAUGUACCGUGUGCUCGAGAAAUGCCAGGACGGCUGGUUCAAGGGCGCCUCGCUCAAAACUGGGGUCUCAGGAGUGUUCCCCGGGAACUACGUCACGCCCGUCUCCAGGAUCCCUGGAGGAGGGGCUGGGUCACCCUGGAAUAAUGUGCUUGGAGGGUCUCCAUUGGCCAAGGGGAUGGCCACCAUUAUGCACCCUGGAGGUGGAAGUCUGAGCAGCCCGGCCACCGCUGCCAGGCCAGUUCUGCCUCCCAUCACACCGCAGGACCAUAUGCAGCACCCAGCCACCUCCCUACCAACAGGCAGCUGCCUUCGGCACACAGCUCAACCAACAGCCAGCCAAGUUCAAUCUACCAUCUCUCCAGCCACCCAUCCCUCAGCCCAGGCCCUGGACCGACCAACAGCCACCGUGUCACCUUUGCGCACUCAGACUUCUCCAUCCCGCCUGCCCACCACCAGCCUCCGGCCCCGCACUGUGGUGUCCCCACAGCACAGCCAGCAGCCCCUGUUGCAGAUGUGUCCCCGGCCAGCCAUCCCCUUCACAUCAGCAGCGUCAGCCAUCACACCUCCCAAUGUCAGUGCUGCCAACCUCAGUGGGGAGGCUGGAGGGAUGCCCAUCGGUGGCCUGUCCAUACCCAGCCCCGUCAACACAGGGUACAAGCCAGAUGACAAGAAAAAUGAAAAGAAGGAGAAGAAGAGUGGGCUGCUGAAGCUGCUGGCUGGGGCAUCUACCAAGAAGAAGUCACGCUCCCCCCCCUCUAUAUCUCCAACCCAUGACCCCCACUCAACCAUGGAUACUUCACUGCAGGGGGCCAUGGGCCCUGAAGUGUCCCCAUUAACUGUCCAUGGCAGGGCAGGUUCCUGCCCCAUAGAGAGUGAGAUGCAGGGAGCCAUUGGGUUGGAACCACUGCACAGAAAAGCAGGCUCCUUGGAUCUGAAUUUCUCUUUGUCCCCUUCUCGGCAAGCAACUUUGUCCAUGGCUUCCAUCCGCCCUGAACCUAAGCCACUGCCCAGAGAGAGGUACCGUGUGGUGGUCUCCUACCCACCGCAGAGUGAAGCAGAGAUUGAGUUGAAGGAAGGUGAUAUUGUCUUCGUGCACAAGAAACAUGAAGAUGGCUGGUUCAAGGGGACACUGCAGCGUAAUGGCCGCACAGGUCUCUUCCCAGGCAGCUUUGUGGAGAGCUUCUGAAGGCCAUUGCUCAUGUCCAGCUCUGCUGUCCAGGGAAGGGUAACCAAGAAGACACUAUGUGAGCAGAGAACACCUUAUCACCUAGGUCCCAGGCCUUUCUACAGCACUGGCCAGGAACAUUCUUUCUGGGGUGAUGACUUGGUUGUUAAGGCAGUGUUGUCACAAGUCCUUAUUGAAAAUACACACACGGGCAUCCUUCAAGACCAUGCCAUGAUCUGAGUGAUCAGCAGAACAAACAAAGUAACUCAUGUGGACAGAUGCACUACUGUGCCACCCAGCGGCUAAAGCAGUAUUAGCUGUCAGUGCAAGGCUGGGAGCCCAGGAGGGUAUAGAGUGCAACCAUGUGCUAGGGCUGACAGCAAUGAAGAGUGUCUUCCCUGGCUGCCCUGGGUAUCAUUCUUCUAUAUACCUCUGUCACCUGCCAUUGAGCUCCACAUCAGGGCAUUCGUGGUUCAGGAGCCUCAUAUAAGGGCUAUGAGUCUCCCAAGGUGUCCAGUGGGGUCCUGUAGGGCACUGGAACAGAAUCCUCAUGGCUUUGUCUCCUGUCAGGAAAAUAAGGAACACCAUUUGGUUUUACCACCACUGUCUUUGCAUUGCUUCCUUCUUAUGGUACCUUUUUAAUGUACAACUCUUAGACUUUAUAUAUUUCUAACAGGUCAGACACUGCCUAUUUUUCAUACAUCUGGUGCUGAUUUUUUGUAACACUAGAAAUCACUUGGGUAAGCUUCAAGGAAAAAAGUGAGGCAACAUCAAAGGAAAGGUUUUAUAUAUUUCCCAUAUGAAGUUUGGAGCAUAUUGAGGAAUUCCUAUCUGUAAUAUCAAAAUGUUGGCUGUUCCUCCCCGAGGUGAGUGGGAGAGUCUGCUGAGAUGGUUACAUGGAGUUGGAGAGUAUCUUUCCUGGCUGUUGGAAAUGGCCUAAACCACAUCCUCCAUCUAGGUAGGAGCAACUAUGAUUUAAAAACUGGAGACAUAGUGAGGAAUGGUAUUGCCUUUUUGUGUGGCAGGGAAAACACGUACAUGCACGCACACACAUGCAUAUGCACACACACACAGUUUGACCUCAGAAGCUUCCUUCGAUGCUUUAGAGAGAAUGACUAAAAAUAGCUUUCUUAAAACAUGUCUUGCUGCCAAAUGCAGCUCUUACAACAGCUCAGAUCACUAUCUUGCAAAGGUUUGUUUCUUUUCUCUUUUUCAAAAAUAAAUAAUUUCCCCUAGCAGGCCAGGCAAAACUCCAUCUGCUGGAAACCAAAGGUACAAUGAUAACGAAGUCUAAUGCAGUACUUUUCAAGAGGCUGGCCUGAAUGACUAUCAAGAGCUGUGAAUGUCACACUUUAAGAACACAUUUUUUUUUCAAAAAUAGCAAUGUGUGAGCCUCUGUAUACAUUUUUAUAAAACCACCCAGACCUUUGACAAGCCUUUGGUAACAGUGGCUAUCACUGCUUUUCAUGAUAAAAUAAGGAUUACUUAUCCUCAAAAUUCCUAUUUGGGGAUAUGGUUUAACUAGUUAAACUGCCAGGUGGCUGCCACAUGGAAGCAAUGAUGCCCAGAAAUAGUUUCCUCCCCAGAUGACAAAUACACUUCCUGGACAGAGAAAACUGUUCUGAGCCAAAGAGAAACUCUAGCACACGCAUAGGGGUCCCUGUAUGCAGGAUUAGUGACAAUCACAAGGCAUCUCAUCAGUGUCACUGCUAAACUACUUGCCCAUCCAGGCACAAAUGCUGUUAACCAAGAAGGUACACAGAUCUACAUCCAAAGUGAGACAUGUUUUCACUGGAACCACAACUAACUCCAGUUUCCAGACAAUAAAAGUCCCUUUUUUUUCCUCCUAACCAAGAUGACUUUGAGCCAACAGAAGAGACUUAACUUGGAGCUGUUCCCCUUCCUCAUGCUGGCUGCUUCAUGGUACACCAUAAAAAGCUGAGGGAAGCAUUGGGGUAUCUUUGGAAAAGAUCAGCAGGACUCUCCCCUAACAAAGUCAUGGGUUUACACUGGAACCACCUUGGGGAGGGAAGCAGGGCCCUGAGGCUCAUUCUCAGGUGGAGCUUUUUAAAGUACACAAUGGGGCUCAUUGUGUACUUUGAAUAUUCUGUAUUUUGAAUAUUCUCAAGCCCUUUCCCCUUAAAUCAUGUAUUCCACAGUUAAUGACAGAAGAGAUCUACCUUUCCUAAGAUCGUUUUCCCUUGAAGACACAUGUCUUGGCUACCAAAAUGAAGCCAGCACCUCAUCUAGCACCUUCCGAUUCUGUCCUGGCCAGCAGCAUGUACUCCUGACUCAUACAGUAGUAGUUGGUGGCCAGGUGAUUUUCCUUACUAGGUCUCAGCCCUUCAGAUUGAGAGUCACCAAGGAGACAGUCUAGCCCCCAGAGGACUGAAGGAAGAGACACAGACAAGAUAGUCUGUAGUGGGGUGUAAAUACAAGGCUGGGCACCCCAAAACCAUUACAGUAGACUUGGAAGCCCUUGUGCUUUGCACAGCACACACACAGACACACAUGCAUACAUGUGCCCCCAACCCCACAUAUGUUUUUAUUAUACACCAAUGUCAGUGUGUAAUUUUGGAUGAAUUGACAGUAGUGGCAAACUAUGAUGCCUGUGUUUCUGAGACUUUAAAUAAAAAUGAACGUGGAGAGCCUAUGUGUCUCAAA